AUGGCAACCACUUCAACACUCUCGUCUCACGACAUCUCAAUCCUCUCCAAAAUAGCCGAUCCAGAAUCCUCACCUUCAUCACCACUUCUACUCGACCCGUCUCUUCCAAACGACCCCCAUCACAAUGCCGAAGAGUACCAGAAAGUGGCCAAAAGCGAGGUCUCAAUAAUGAGUAAAAUCAUGAAACUCGAAUUCCAGCUCGCCGAUCCAAAAUCACUUCCAUCAACCGAGACAGAACUCCUAGUUCAAUACCAAUCUGUAAUCAGCGAAUUAGACAACCUAAUCUCAGAACACCCAAAGUACGCAAGCGCAAGAAACAACAGAGUCCAAGCUCUCCGAAGACUUUAUGGCGAUGCGAUAUUCAUCCAACGCACAGAAAACACCAUCUCAUCCAACGAACCUCAACCUCUCCUCAAAAACGCAGACCAAACCACCUUGACCAAAAUCUCAACCACAAUCCUCACCGACCUCUCAACCGGAAUCUCACUCCUCACACCCGCUCCCUUCUCCGCACUCUCUCCCAAAGCCGCAAAAACACUCUCAUUACUCUACACCCAGCGCGGAGCUCUAUACCAUCAUACCGCAAAACAGCUGAACAGCAACCCUUCCGCGGAAUUAGCGCUUGAAUCAAAGGAAGUCUCGUGGAGCGCAGCGGAUUUUGAGGAGGCGGCGGCGCGAGAUUUCAUGAUGGGAGGACGUUAUGGGAAUGAAGUUGCUAAGGCGCUAGCUGUGAGCGUUAAUCCGACCGCGAAGUUAUGUGGUGAUAUUGUGAGGGAUGCGAUGAGGAGGGAGUUGAGUGGUACUUCGGAUUCUUGA